AUGAAAGCCACAUAUAGUGCUACAUGCGUUGCACCUCGAACGCUUAAUGUGCCAGAAACUCAUUUGACUACUUUGAAAAAUGGAUUUCGAGUAGCUAGCGAAGAUUUACGAAUGCCAACUUCCACAGUGGGUGUAUGGAUUGAUGCUGGUAGUCGCUUUGAAAAUGAUCGUAAUAAUGGUGUUGCUCAUUUUUUAGAACAUAUGGCAUUCAAGGGUACAAUGAAGAGAACGCAAACUGAAUUAGAAAUUGAAGUUGAAAAUAUGGGUGCUCAUUUAAAUGCAUACACUUCACGUGAACAAACUGUAUAUUAUGCAAAAUGCUUUUCAAAAGAUCUCGAACACUCUGUUGAAAUGCUAUCAGACAUUCUUCGCAACAGUCAAUUAAGAAAUGCGGAAAUUGAACGUGAAAGAAGUGUGAUCUUACGAGAAAUGCAGGAAGUUGAACAGAAUUUACAAGAAGUUGUUUUUGAUCAUUUACAUGCUGGCGCUUUCAAAGGUACACCACUUGCUAGAACAAUACUUGGGCCUAUUGAAAACAUUAAUACUAUAAAACGUGAUGAUCUUAUCGAAUAUAUAAGUGAACAUUACCGUGGUCCUCGUAUGGUUUUAGCAGCAGCUGGUGGUAUCAAUCACAGUCAUUUAGUGGAUAUUGCUCAAAAAUAUUUCGGUGAUUUAAAAACAUUGGAAGAUGACUUUGUCAUUGAGCCCGGACAGUUUGUUCCUAGCUAUCAAAAUAUGAGGGAUGAUCGAAUGUCUAUGGUUUAUGGGGCUUUUGCAGUUGAAGGAGCUUCGUGGUCACAUUGUAAUAAUAUUCCAUUAAUGGUCGCAAACACUAUCAUUGGCCAGUGGGAUCGAACGAAUGCAAGUGGAAUUAAUGCUCCAUCUCGGCUUGCUGAAAGAUUGGGCUUAAAUUCUCAUGUCCAAUCGUUUCAAGCAUUCAAUACUUGUUAUAAAGAUACUGGUCUAGUUGGAAUAUAUUUCAUCUGUGAAGAAAAAGGCUCUAAAACUAUGGCUGAUGCUAUUGUUGAUGAAUGGAAUUAUUUAUGUAAUGAAGUAAGCGAAGAAGAAGUUGAACGAGGAAAGAAUUGCCUAUUAACGAACAUGUUGUUGAUGCUGGAUGGUUCAACACCGAUAUGUGAAGAUAUUGGACGGUAUUUUCAUUAA